GUGGGGGCGGGGUUACGAUUUCCACAUAUCAGACGGAAAGGGGCGGGUUCAGAGAGGGGGCGUGGUUCCGAUAAUUGCCGAGGCAGCGCGGCUAGUUCGUGAAGAGAAUUUGUCAGCGUUUAAUAUAUUCCACCUGACUCGAACUAACAUAAACCCCACAGUGGGCUGGCAAUGACACAGCGGUAACAGAAUGAUGUCAUCUCUCACCAUAAAACGACUAUGGGGUGCUUGCUACACGCAAACAUCGCCUCGCUCUGCCGACCUGUUGCAUUCUGGGAAUAAAAGUUCUUACUGCUGGAAUGUUAUCCCGGCGGAUCGCGUGAGACCUGCGGCUGACACUACAUGUCCCUUGAGCCUUUGCGCGCUAUCCCCCUCCCCACCUCGUCUCUCCGACGAGCAUUCAUUGGAUUUGUAGUUUAUUUCCUUACUUGCAUAAUGCAGUGAGCGGUGAAGAAAACUACAUUUCCCGUCAUGCCCGCGGCAAUGACGCUAUUAUACUGCUAUGUGUGUCUGGAUGUCACUAGGGUGGGAGAGCUUUACUAAGGGGGUCUUGCUGAAGAGGCCUUGCUGUGACUCGGGUGAUUGGGGGUAACAGAGAGGUUUCUUGCAAUCCCUGCCAUUGCAUCACUAGGGGAGGGGAACCUGCAUGCAAUGGAUCAGAGCCCAUGUGAGCCAUUGGAAGCUGCCCAUGUAUUCCAAUGAUAGGGAUUGAGGGUCACUGCAUGGAGUGGGAGCUAACUAUCUGUAUUGCAGGCAUUGGGGAGGCAGCCUUGCUUUAGGGAAAUUAUGUAGACUCAACAUGAAUGUUAUAAAUAUAAAGUGCUUUAUAUAAACAGCACACACAACUGCUAUGGUCAUGCAAAUUUCAGAUAAAGUAAUCAGCACACAUUGCACAUUAAUGUCAGGUGAUAGUCUGUGUGUAUACCUGUAGAGAAUAAUUCCAUGGUGACUUGUAAAAUAUUUUGAUUGACAGAAUUGAUAGGAAUUUUGAGACUAAGGGAAUGGUAGCUGUGGUUUAAUCUUGUGGUUCAGGCGUGUAUUUUGUGCAGGGGUGUUUUACUGCUGGAAAAGUGUUCACAUGGCUACUGUUGCCAAAUAUUCUACAAUCCGCAGACCGCAACACCAAUAGGAAUUACUGUUUACAAUUUCCUUGUCAGAUUAGGCGAGUACGUUUUACAGUAAUCUGGACAAAGCCAAUUUGCCUAAAUGAGAAAUGGAGGUUGAGUUUUGUAGAGAGAUACGAUACGUGACUUCGGCCAUUCAUCACUGAUCUGCCAUUUUGGGGGGACAGGCAGAGCUUUAAACAUGGCACUCCUGCGAGACUUCCCAGCUCAGGUAAGACACGGGAACAGACUUCAAGAGUGACAGUUUUUUUUUUUUUUUUUUUUCAUAUAACCACGUGUUCAAAAAUAUGAAUGCAAUAUAUUAUUUUGAUUCCUGGCCAGACUUAGAAAUCCAGUCCAGGUUAAGCAUUAUGAGAGAUACGGUUUAUCUGGCAGUAAAAAAAACAAUCCAUUUAUAACUUCUAUAGGUUGUUAUAUAGAUAGUCAAUACAAUGUUAAUCAAAGAUCUGCACACCAGUUAAGCCAUAAGACUUGCUUUUCCCACAGAAAUCACAAAUAUGCAGUGAUGUUACUACCACAAAGGAUUCUGGGUGGACAUAUGCAAAUUAGUUUAACAAAGAAUCACAUUUGUCUCAUUUCAUUUUAAAUAUGGAUUCCUUAGAGUCUGCGUUUGCUGUAUACAACAGCUCUGAAACACAACUCAAAAGGAUGCAAAGUCAGUGAACCACUCAUGGACAGCUGUUUCGUUGUUAAUGCAAAUCAGCAUGAGGUUGGUUACUGUUAUAUGGUAUACAUAUUAGGCUUAAUAGUCUUUUUGCUUUCAGGAACACAAAGUGCACAGAUAGGAUAAGCGCUAGAGUGUCAACUGAGUAUAGAUCUGAUAGCAGGCAAACAUGUAUUCCUGACCCUAUAGUGUUAAAAACACUAUCCUGGCCUCCUAAAUAUAGUAAAAUCUUACUUUUAUUCCAGGUUGCUGCUGCUGGCUCUGUCCAUGACUUGCUUGGCUGGCAUUAUCAGAAGUGAUGAUCAGAGCCAAUCACAACGCUUUACAAUAGAUAAGCAAAUGAUUGGUUCAGACUGUCAAGAGGCAGAACAGGGGCAGAGCCAGCACAAGCCAAUAACAGCCCUAGACACUAAACUUUCCUCAUAGAGAUGCACUGAUUCAAUUAAUCUCUAUGAGGAGAUGCUGAUUGGCCAGGGCUGUGUUUGGCUUGUGCUGGUUCUCCCCUAAUCUGCCUCCUUGACAAGCUCAGCCAAUCCUAUGGGAAAGCAUUGUGAUUGGCUGAGAGAAUCACUUCUGAUGAUUUCAGCAAAGCAGGCAGAUUAGGGACAGAGGCAGCAGACUGGAAUACAAGAUUUUACUAUAUUUAGGGAGGGCACGUGGAGCUGGAUGGUGUUUUUAACACUAUGGAGUCAGGAAUAAGUUUGUGUUCCUGACCCUAUAGUGUUUCUUUAAAUAAAAAAAUGAACUUUAUUUGAUAUCACAUUAAAAAAAAAAAAUUUAAGUACAAAAAGGAUCAAAAACAUCAAUUUAAUAGCUACGUAAAGUAAUACUAGUGUACAAAAUCAAUACAAGGUAAGAAAAGUAUAACCGAAAAAUACAAUACAAAUACAAGAGAUACUGUACAAAGUUUUACUUCUUAUCCUUAGCAAAUAGUGUGAGCUAGACACAAAAAAGACCCAACGUUUUUGCCCGACUGGCAUUUUCAAGGGUGGCAUAAGUCCACUAAGUGCUUGCUUAAAUAGGAGUAUGUCGGGUUGUCAUAGAAACUAAACAAAACUCAAGGGCAUAAAGCGGAACUGAGAGGUGUGUGGUCACCAUAAUGACCCAACGUCUCUUGACAUGCGCAUGUCAAAAUAGAGUGAGUGUGAUUGAUCCUCUAGCAUGUAAGCUCAUCGAGCAGGGUCCUCAACCCCCUCUGUUCCUGUACGUCAGUGUUCUGAUCUCAAUUAUGUGUCUGUUAGUCCACCCAUUGUACAGCGCUACAGAAUUUGUUGGCGCUAUAUAAAUAAUAAAAUAAUAAUAAUAAUUGGCUGAAGCAAAUGGUACAUACCUUAAAGCAGUGGUUCCCAAACCAGUCCUCACAUUCCCCCCACCUAUCCAGGAAAAAACACUUUAGACACAACUGGGUAAUCCCUAAUUUUGGAAUGGAAGGGGCAGGGCUGUUUUUAAUAAUGGUUGGACCCUUGGCAAGCAUUUGCUUGGGCCAACUGGACCCUGCCUCGCCACUCCCUGGCAUGCAAUCACGCCCUUCUCUGCAACGCAGGUGCAAGACCUUUUGGGCCCUGCAAUUGCAAGGGUGGCCAAAAGGUAGAACCCCCAUCUGUCAUGCAACUCCAACAAUGCUUUGACAGCUGGGGCUCUACCAUUUCCCCAUGCUUGCAAGGUUGUAUUUAAUACUGAGCAGUGUUUGUGUGUUCGAAUGUAAGCAUGUUUUUGCAUGGAGUAUGUGUGUGUGAGUGUAGGGGUGUGUUUGUAUGUGGUGUUGGCGUUUAAAUGCAAGUAUGCAUAUAAGUAUAGUGUUCGUUUUUUAAUGCAGGGGUGUGUUUAUAUUUCAUUUUGGUGUUCAACACCGAGGUGUGUUUGUAUGCAGUGUUAACAUUUUAAUGCAGGAGUCUGUUUGUAUGUACUGUUGGAAGUUUGAAUGCAGGGGUGUAUUUGUGUGUAGUGUUAACAUUUUAAUGCAGGAGUCUGUUUGUAUGUACUGUUGGAAGUUUGAAUGCAGGGGUGUAUUUGUGUGUAGUGUUGGUGUUUGAAUGCUGAGAUGUAUACACACACACUGUGAUACAAAUGCAGAUAUACAGACACACACUGACACAGAUAAACAACUUCACACUCAUGCAGUGACAGACACAAAGAUACACACAGAUACACACAGUGACAACAUACAUAUACACACACAGAUACACAACUUGACGCACAUGCAAAUACACACACUGACACACAUACAGACACAUAUACUAACUACAAAUAGAUACACACAACGGCAACAUACAGAUUCACACACUGACACAGACAGAAACACAACCUGAUACACAUGUAGAUACACAGACACACAUACUGACUAUAUACAGAUGCACAGAUAUACACACUGACACACACACACACACUGACAACAUACAGAUACACUGAUACACACACUGACUACAUACAGAUACACACACACACACAGCAACAUAAAUGCAAAUACACAGAAACCUAGAAUGUGACGGUAGAUAAGAACUAUUUGGCCCAUCUAGUCUGCCUAAUUUUCUAAAUACUUUCAUUAGUCCCUGAUCUUAUCUUAUAGUUAGGAUAGCCUUAUGCCUAUCCCACGCAUGCUUAAACUCCUUUACGGUGUUAACCUCUACCACUUCAGCUGGAAGGCUUUUCCAUGCAUCCACUACCCUCUCAGUAAAGUAAUACUUCCUGAUAUUAUUUUUAAACCUUUGCACCUCUAAUUUAAAGGACCACUAUAGUGCCAUAAAAACAUACUCGUUUUCCUGGCACUAUAGUGCCCUGAGGGUGCCCCCACCCUCAGGGACCCCCUCCAGCCCGGCUCUGGGGAGAGGAAAAGGGUUAAACUUACCUUUUUUCCAGCGCCGGGCGGGGAGCUCUCCGUCUCCGAUCCUCCUCUUUGGCUGAAUGCGCACGCGCAGCAGGAGCUGCGCGCGCAUUCAGCCAGUCUCAUAGGAAAGCAUUUACAAUGCUUUCCUAUGGACGCUUGCGUCUUCUCACUGUGAUUUUCACAGUGAGAAGCACGCAAGCGCCUCUAGCGGCUGUCAAUGAGACAGCCACUAGAGGCUGAAUUAACCCUAAUAUAAACAUAGCAGUUUCUCUGAAACUGCUAUGUUUAUAUAAAAAAAAAAAAGGGUUAAUCCUAGAGGGACCGGCACCCAGACCACUUCAUUAAGCUGAAGUGGUCUGGGUGCCUAGAGUGGUCCUUUAAGACCAUCUCCUCUUGUUGUGGUAGUUUUUCUUCUUUUAAAUAUAUUCUCUUCCUUUACUGUGUUGAUUCCCUUUAUGUAUUUAAAUGUUUCUAUCGUAUCCCCCCUGUCUUGUCUUUCCUCCAAGCUAACAAGUUAAGUUCCUUUAACCUUUCCUUGUAAGACACAAAGCUUCACACACUGACACAUAUACAGAGAUACACCUACUGGUACUCGCACACAUUGAUACACAGACAUCCGUUGGGUAAGUGUGAUAGGGUUUUGUGAGUAGGUGUGAGGGUUGGAGAGGAUGCCACAGUUAAGGAGUGAGCGUGACAGGGUUGGGGAUUUGGAUGUGAGUGUUGAGGGUGGUUGAGUGUGACAGGGUGAGGGUUUCUAAGUGAUUGUGGGAGGGUGGUGGGUGUAACAGGGUUAGUGUGACAGGAUUAGUAAGACAGGGUUAGGGGGGUUAUAGAGAGAAAGGGUUAGGGGGGUUAUAGAGAGAAAGGGUUAGGGGAAAACACACAGACUUAAAAUUUAAUAUAUUUUGUUUGCCCCCCUCCUGCUUACCAUCUGUGCAGGCAUGGGAGGUAAUAAUACAUUUCUUGGUGGUCAAAUGAGCUGCUUGUUCACUCCUUCGUGGUCCAGUGUGCUGCCGGACUCCCUCGCGGUUCCAGCACACUAUGAUGAUGUCAGAGCUCAAGCUGGGACCACCAGUGAGUUCACUAGCAGCACACUGGACCACCAGGGAGACUGUUACAGCUGGCAGGAAGAUCUUUUGAUCUCCCUGCUGGCUCAAGGAAGGGGGCUCAAUUAGAGCCGGAGACUAUCCCAUCUGGCUCUGGCGGAAUCCCUCUCCCCCCCUAUAUAUAAUUCAGGCUAUUGGUGGAUUCGUCACAGCAAGGGAUCAAUGCUUCCUUGCUGCGCCGAACCCUCUAAUAGCCUGAAUUAAUAGAUGAAUGGGCCCCCUUAGUGUGCAGGCCCGGAACAAUUUAUUUUAGCAUCGGUGAUCCUAAAAUAAAUUGUUGCGGAUAAAGGGCAAACUGGGCAGCUGCUUUGGGCCCCCCAGGAGUAACUGGGCCCGGGGAAGCUGCCCCGUUUGCCUCGCAUUUAAGAAAGCCCUGGGUAAGGGGGUGCGUGAGGGCUUGUUUGAGAACCACUGCCCAAAAUAUAACUCUUGUGACAUUGUCACAAAACGCAGAUUGUAAGUCGGGUACCUGCGAUUUGAAUCCCAAACCAGUAUAAAGAUAAAUGAAUGCCGAUCCUUGCCGAUCUCCCAACUACAGAAAGCAAAAAGGCCCAAUUUGAUGUAAAAGGCAAAAUUUCUCCUGCAUGCCUGUUUGUUCCCAAAUACUAUCAUUGGUCAGAGGAAGAUAUUGGCAAAUAGAUGGCCACAUAAAUAAAGUGUUUGAAUAUAAAAUGUGGGUGCAUCCAUAGCAUUUAUUAGUGAAUAGUGGGAAAAGGGGACACAGUCACAUAGACUUCAUGAUAGUACUUAUACCUUGAAUUAUAUACUGUAUACACAAGAUAUCAAGCAAGUGGGUUAUAGCAUUCACUAUUGUCCGUGCUCAAAAAUGUUAUAUACAUUUUUAGUAAGUCUUGAAGGAAUCCAGUUUAGAUGUUUUUUUGUUUUUACUGGCUGUGCCUUUUAAAAAAACAACAACAUAAUUUAUUUCCAUUUUAAUCUUCCGUCAUUGUUAGAUAAACAAAAUAAUCAGAGGCCUACACCUGGCAUAUAAAGCUCUCACUUUAGUUUACCUAGGAUUGGAUUUUUUACAUACUCUUAAAUGAUCAAGAUUCUUUAUUCUAACACCAUACAUAUAUUUUAUGGCCUUAAUGAAGAUGGCUUAAAUAAUUUUUUUUUAAUAACAAACUUAAAUAGUUUAUUAUUGGUGACCUUAAACCCAGUAUUAAAUAAAGCUGCACAAUUUAUAUAAAAGCAAAUACAUUUACUAUUGACAUUAGUUGCAGUGAACAGUUAGGUUUCAAGUUUGCAUUUGUACAGUUGAUAAGAUCUUUACUGGACCAAUUAUGGCCAAAGUAAGCAGAGGUCAAUCAAAUAUCACCGCAGCAGGUGCUUAACAAUACAUACCAACCAAAAAUAAUGCUGAUCGAUCAAAGAUAAAAUUCCUCCCAUAUUAAUAGUGUUGUAAUAUUAAUCCAUAACACAGAAUAAAUACCCUCAAAAAAGUUAAAACAUGUUGAGUAGAAGCCAUAGUUCAGACCUCGAGGUAUGAGUUUAUUUUGGUUCUGAUCCUUUCUCCAGAGUUCCAGAAUGGAUCCAGAGCGCCUCUUCACCAAGUUAGAGGGCAUUGGGAAGGGUUCAUUUGGAGAAGUGUAUAAGGGCAUCGAAAACCGGAGCAAAGAGGUAGUUGCUAUUAAAAUCAUUGACCUGGAAGAAGCUGAGGAUGAAAUUGAGGACAUACAGCAAGAAAUCACUGUGCUGAGCCAGUGCGACAGUCCAUAUAUCACCCGCUAUUAUGGCUCCUACCUCAAGGUAAGUGCAAAUGGCCCCAGGCUGCUAGAUGGAAUUACAGGUUCAGCACAAACCGUGGCAAACUAAGGAAACUUGAAUUACAUCUAUUCUAUAUUAAAGGGACACUAUAGGCACCCAGACUACUUCAGCUUCAAUUAGAGGAACUGCAGUGUCUACCAGACAGCCACUAGAGGCGCUUCCAGAAUGUUACCGGACCUUUGGUUGCCUAACUAAUUAAGUUAUAUCCCUGAAUAGAAUGUUUUUGAAGUAUUUAUCCAGUUGCUGUACAAACGCUGAUAAAACCACCUUUUCAGACAGAAUUCUGCAUCCUUAUUCUUCUUACUGUAAAAAAAAAAACCACUUGCCUUAGACUAGAUUUCCUUUUUUUCCAGUCUAAAUGUGUGGUCUUGUCUCCUAUGUACAGUCCUGUUUAUGAAUAGAUUUCAAGACUAUUGUUUGUAUUGGCCCCGAAUUUAUUUGUAUAAUGCUAUCUUAUCCAGUCUGAGGCGCCGUUUUUCUAAACUAAACAGAUUUACAUUUUUUGACCUUUCUUCAUAACUAAAAUGUUCCAUUCCUUUUAUAAUUUUGCAGCCGACUUCUGCACCCACAUUUGCACAGCAUAUUCAAGGUGUGGUCUUACCAGUGAUUUAUAAAGAGGCAAAAUUAUAUUUUCAUCCCGAGAAUUUAUGCCACUAUUUAUACAUGACAAAAUCUUACUGGCCUUAGCAACUGCAGAUUGACAUUGCAUAUUGCUGCCUAAUUUGUUGUCUAUAACAAUUCCCAAAUCCUUCUCGUGUGUGGUUAUCCCUACCAUGUAAGGUGUUAGUUGCUCGCGAAUAACUUAGGAUUUAUCUACUUUAAAUUUCAUCUGCCAUUUGAGGGCCCAGUCCCUCAAUCUAUCUGAAUACCUCUGCAGCACAGCAAUAUUAUGCUCAUAUGGUAUCACUUUACAGAGUUUUGUCAUCUGCAAAAACUGAAAUAUGACUUUCAAUGCCUAUUUCAAGAUCAUUUAUAAAUCUGUUGAAUAGAAGCGUUCCCAGAAAUGAACCCUGAGGGACACCACUUACCACAUUUACCAUUAAAGGGUUAUUCCAACCAACAUGACCACUUCAGUGAUUUGAAGUGGUAGGAGUAAUUAUGUGCAGUAUUUCAGCUUGAAACACUGCACAUACAGACUUAUUGCUAAUUGUGUGCUGGGGCUAGUUGCAGCCCAGAACUCUGCACACUGACAACAGAUGUUAAAAUCUUCCCCUUGCAAGUUAGCUCUCCCAUCCCAGCCUCCCUCCCACAUUGUGCUGUCUCCCACAUCCCUCCGUACAGCAUUGGUUAUUUACAUUUUUUAAAUUCCCUUCUACCCAUGAGCGCAUGCAUGCACUACAUGCCAGCAAUUGGUCCAAUCAUAGGCUUCUUUACGUCAGGAGGGGGUGAGGAGGAAUAGCAGCUGAAUUCAAGGAAAUAAAACCUUUUUAUCUCUGGUUUUACUACACCUUUAAACCUUCUAGUAUCUAGUAGGGCAUAUUACACCUGAAAGACCCCCCCUCUCAAUUUGGUUACAGUAGCCCUUUAAUGACAGCUCGUUGUACUCUAUCUUUAAGCCAGUGUUCAACCCAAGGCCAAGAAUUUUCAUCUAGACCAAUUUCUUUUAGUUUGAGCAAUAACCUAUUUUGUGGAACCGUAUCAAACGCCUUGACGAAAUCCAAGUAGAUCACAUCCACUGUAACACCCUGAUUUCUACUUACUUCUUCGUAGAAUGCAAUUUGGUUAGUUUGACAUGACCUAUGUUUCAUAAAACCAUGCUGAUUGUUGCGAAUAACAAAGUUCUUCCCAGUGUGUUUUUUACCCCUCAAAAAAGUGAUUGUAGCUGAUUUUUUGGUUCUUUUCCUUCACAUUCUAAGUGCUAACUGGACGUUCUCUUUCUGUAGGGGUCGAAGCUGUGGAUUAUUAUGGAGUAUUUAGGUGGGGGAUCUGCUUUGGAUUUGGUAAGGGCUUUGUGCGAAAAAUAAUGCUGUCUUGUUUCAGUAUUUUAUUUCCCUGACUUUUGUAUGUUUUCCGAUGCCUAUUCCUGUCUAUAUAAAUUUGUUCACUUUCUGUUACAUCCCUGAUAUUCAUUGAGUCUUAAUGCGGCACGUGGAUUUGGGGGUUAUAAUUUGAAUGCCAUGGCUGGGACUGUUCUAACUAUUUCCAGUGUAGUUUAAUAGAUGCUGCUACUUAAUGAUCGUGUGUGUGCUUGCGUCCUGUGUGCAUAUUUGUAUAUAUUUCAAUAUGUUCCUAUUCAUGACAGCUCAAGCCUGGCCCCCUGGAGGAGUCCUAUAUUGCUACUAUACUUCGGGAGAUUCUUAAGGGUUUGGACUACUUGCACUCGGAGAGAAAGAUCCAUCGUGAUAUUAAAGGUACCAGACAGUGGCAUGAAGCUAUGCUGUCCCAAAUGAUUACCCUAUGUCUUGAUUUACAUGUAAAUGACCAAACAGCAGAUGUUUUGCACUCAUGCAUGGAGUUAUGAUAUUUAACCCUUCUUGCCAAAAAUAAUUGGCAGCAAGUAAUGAAUUCACUUGUUAUGUUGUUCAAUAUGUCUGUAUAAACUGAAAGUUGACUUUUUAUUAAGUUAAUCAUAAAUGGAAAAUCUGUUUGUUUUUAAGAUGGUUUUACAGAUUUUAAUCCACUUUGUUGCAAAUAAAUAAACUAAAUAAUUUAAUAGCAAUAAUCAAACCAUUUAUAAUUUGCAAAAAUGGAAUGCUGUAGCUUGCUGACCUUAACCUUAAUAUAUGGGUAAUUUUAUCUAUAUCAGUAGCUGUUACCUUAAAAAGGAGUCUAGUCUAGUCAAGUUUAGAGAACAAUAGAUGUAAUAAAAGCCUGUUAUACUAUAACUUAGUUUGUAUAGUAUGACUAAAUUAACACAUAAUUCAUGCAAAAAGAAUAAAUUCUUUCUUUACACCAUGCAAUAUUGUUUAUUUCUUAGUAUAGAUAGUAGACACCCAAUAGCAGUUUCAUGCACAGUUGACAGUAAUGGCGUUACUGUGUGUCUCUCCAGCUGCGAAUGUGUUGCUGUCAGAGCAGGGAGAUGUGAAGUUGGCUGAUUUUGGCGUUGCUGGUCAGUUAACAGACACUCAGAUAAAGCGAAAUACAUUUGUGGGCACUCCAUUUUGGAUGGCACCAGAGGUCAUUAAACAAUCAGCCUAUGACUUUAAGGUAAGAAAUACAGGAUGUGCUGUACAUGUCUCAAACUAAGAACAUAACUCCAAAUGCCUAUCAUUCAAUGGUUUCUCCCUUAGAAUGUGAGACCUGAUAUGUCUACCAUAGCAUCUGUGUUCGCUUUAGAAUGGAACACCAAACAUAUCUACCGCUGGAUAUGUCUGUAUUGGAACAGAACACCAAACAUAUCUAGUACAGGCACAAAAAUAAAGCACCGUGCUUACAGCAGCAGUAGCUUAGUAUCUAACAGCUCAAAAUACAUAGUAAAACACAGAGAAAGUUACCUGAACUCUGGCCUAAAUCCCCAUGUACAUUUAAACAAAAUGGAGGCUCUUUAGUUUUAUUCCAAUGGCCAUUUGAAUAUAUAAGCUCACCUGCCACGUCAAGGCAAGCCUCAAUAGGUGAGUUCCUACACUAGCCAUUAGAUAUGCUGAUAUCAGCCAAGAAUCUCCAGUGAGACAGGAAGGGGUAUUUUAUAAACCCUUUCACAUUUAACCCUUUAUAGGGCUUCUACACAUACAAUAAACUUUGCUUGUAUCAGACAAAGUAUAAACAUCUCUGAGACAUGAAGGAGUGUUUUAUAAACCCCCUACAUACUUAUUAACCCUAAAUAGGGCUAUAACACAUACAAAUAUCUUGUACAGGACAUGUCUCCCAUGGAACACAACACCAAACCUGUAUAUCCCAGGAUGUCUCUGGUUUGGAAGAUAUGCAUCUGAUAUAACCCAACACCAAACAUAUCUACCACAGAAGCACACCAUUAAAUGUGUGAGCCACAAGUUUUUUUUUUUUUUUGCUAUCUUAGUACACGUCCCAUAGGACUUUUCGAAUUAACUUAUAACUUUUAUUUGCUUUUCUUUCUCUCCUUACAGGCUGAUAUCUGGUCCCUGGGAAUCACAGCCAUUGAGCUGGCUAAAGGAGAACCCCCAUACUCUGACCUACACCCUAUGAGAGUAUUGUUCCUGAUUCCUAAGAAUAACCCCCCAUCUCUUCAGGGACAGCACAGCAAACCAUUUAAAGAUUUUGUGGAUGCCUGUUUAAACAAAGACCCCCGCUUAGUAAGUAUGCAGUAGCGGGAUCUUCACACAACAUUAUAGAGCCAAAUGGACAUAACAAGAGCUAGCCCAGAUUGUGGUAAUAUGGCAUUACGUAAAUUAAAUGAGGGAAAAUAACAAAACCUUUUGGCCUGCGGUGCUCUUGGGGUGUGAUCAAAGUUAAAAGUGAAUGUCAAUGUAACGUUAUAUGAUUACAAUGUAAGUGAUGGUAGUUGUACAUUAGUUGGGUUACUUGAAUUUUGUAGCUUUUUUUUCUUUCAGAACUAAUAGGUGUUAAUUAAAAACAUCAGGAGGGAUAUUCUGUUGCAGAGUUAUGGAAAUGUGCAGUACGUUUAAACCCAUGUUUGUUUUUGUUGUUACAGUCAUUACUGCAUUUUUAGAAGUCUCCUCCAUGAUGCUUAGCUAGAUAUUAUAUUUAAUUAGUGCUCACUUGUGUCAGUUCUAGGAAUUACCAUUUGCAUAUCAAAGUGAUAGGACAGUUGAGAACCAUUGUCUAAGAGAUACAGAAACACAAGAUAAUUCUUAUAGCCUCUCAUUGCGGAAUUCUGCACAGUUAAAGGGACACUAUAGUCACCAGAACAACUACAGCUUAUUGAAUUUGUCCUGGUGAGUAUAAUCAUUACCUUCAGGCUUUUUGCUGUAAACACUGUCUUUUCAGAGAAAAUGCAGUGUUUACAUUACAGCCUAGUGACUUUCCUCAUAGAGAUUCAUUGAUUCAAUUCAUCUCUAUGAGGAGAUGCUGAUUGGCCAGGGCUGUGAUUGAAUCAUGCUGGCUCUGCCCCUGAUCUGCCUCCUUGUCAGUCUCAGCCAAUCAUAUGGGGAAGCAUUGUGAUUGGAUCAGGCUACCACUUCUGAUGAUGUCAGGAGACUGCUUGUUUUUCUGAGUCUAACAGCAUGCAGAGUUACAGCUUCAGGCUUGAAUACAGUAAGAUUUUUACUAUAUUUAUGGAGGCAUGAGGGGCCCAGGGGGGCUAGAUGGUUGUUUUAACACUAUAGGAUCAGGAAUACAUGUUUAUGUUUAUUUCUAACCCUACAGUCAUCCUUUAAAUAGUUAAAUCACAUUGUUUAUGCUGUUGUAGCCACAGCUUUCCUGACUGACUCACACACCUACACAAAAAAAAUAUUUAAUUUUCAAUCCGAUCCUACAGCAUAUAGAGUUUACUAUAGAAAUUCCUAUCUCUUGCUUUAUUAAUUACAAUCACACAAAGGAGGCUGCUGCAAGCUCUAGUGAUUAUUUAACAGAGCGAGAGAACAAAUAGACAUGCUGUGCAAUAAGGGGAGUUUAAAAUAUAGAUCAUAUGCCUGUUUCUGCAUAGCAUUUACGAUUUCAGUACUACAGGGAUUUUUUUCUUGGUCCUUUCCUGUUCCUCAACUUCAUUUUUCUUUAUUAUGAGUACCCAGUGGCAUUACAGUCUCUCUGUUAAAGCUAUAUAACCUAGCAUGAUUUUAUUAUCUUCUUUAUUACCCACUCCUGAAGUCAGCUAACAGACCUUGCCAAAGUUCUUUUUCUGUCCUUGACCUGACUCACACUUGUUUAACUUUCUUUUAUUAUAAGAAGUGCAGAGUCCUCGCCAUUUAAAGUAACAUCCAUAUUCUUUUAUUGUCAUUUCUACUCCUGUUAACAUGUCAAUGCAAGCGGUGCAAAAAAAUAAUAAUAAAGAAUGGGGAGAAAAAAUAGAUCUCUCUUUACAGGAAGUGUGUAUUGAAGCUUUGUUUGCCUCAGGCAGGGUAGGUGUGGCCAUGGCUGCAUAAACAGGUGACCUAACUUCUAAAUGGCAGAGAAUUGAGCAGUGAGAAUGCAGGGGCAUGUUCUAUACACCACAACCACGUCAAUACGCUAAAGCGUCCCUUUAAGGGACACUGUUUGAUAAAAUUUUAAACUUGUUGGAGAACCAACUUGUCCUUGAGUUUUUAGAGUGAUAUCUCAAAGAAACAAACUUAUGUUUCUUUCUGUUUUAGAUUUAUAUAAAGUAUUACAAAUUACAUACAGUCAAGUGCCAUCUCUCUUAUAUGUAUUCCAGUGAGCUUUUCAGUAUUUUUCACUGCAGGUUCUUUCUUUGUGACAGAGACCUACAGCUCGAGAACUGCUGAAGCAUCGCUUUAUACUAAGGUAUACAAAGAAAACCUCAUUCCUCAUGGAGCUGGUAGAAAGAUACAGGCGCUGGAAGUCCCAGGGUCAGUCUGACGAGUCUGACUUGUGAGUGUGGCACGGUUCAAUUUUAUUUUAUUUUAUUUUUAUUUUUGUCGUCCAUUGUGAGCACUAAACUUUUUUUGUAAUCCACCAUUUUGUAUGUACUUCUAAUCACAUUUUCAUCUCUGCAACUCUUAGGGACAGUGAAGAUGAAAUAGAAAAUCCAAAUCCAAUGCCGCCCUGGACCUUCCCAGAAACCAUGCGGCCCUCCUCUAUGAGCAGAAUGCAGUGGGAAUAUCCGGAGGUACUUGGUCUAUGUGAACAGGGAUGGAAAAAAUAGUAUUAACAGGGUUAUUCAAUAAAAUCUGAAUAACUGGGAAUUAAAAGUGAAUUUCAAAUGCCCAACAUAGUCAAACCAAACACAGAAUAGACUUGGAGAAUAUUUCUAAAUUGGCUAUUGUGGCCCAAGUUUUGUAAUUCACUUUGAAUUCCCAGCAAUUCUCACUCUAAAAAAAUAACCCUGAAUACGGUUUUGUCUGGAAGUGUAUCAUGAAAAUAAACUCCAGUGAUUAUUUUGCGUGAUGGUUGAUAAAAUAUAAACAUCUUUGACCCACACUCUUGUUUCGCACUUCCAAGAGUAAGUGGUGAGGUGCCUACAAGCAACCUCCCAGCUGUUUAUUACCCAGAGCACACUUAGUAACGCUGACUGACAUCACUCAAGUGAACAGUGCCCGUUUCACUUGAGAAUCCUAUAAAAAUACCAGAUGAAACGGUGGGGUUGUUUUUUUUGUUUUAAUCAAAUGUAACAAAAACAAAAACCAACUUUGCUCCAUAGAUUAGCCUUACAUGUGAUUUUAUAAGUAAUGCUGACAGAAGCCAUUAACUUUGUACCUGAAUAUUUUGGCAUGGUCAGUAUGUGCAGGUUACACAUACUUCCUGUUAAUGUUAGUAUGUUGUAUUCAGAGCUUUCUUUGUCUCACACUGUUCAUUUUUUGUUGUUGUUUUUAUUCCAGCAGCCUUUGGAAAUGAUUAAACGCCUGCCUCGGUCACACUGUCUGUCAGCCCUGGUAACCCCAGUCUUUCAGGAGGUGAGUACUGCAUAUAGAUCCAAUGUGGGGAUAUAGUGCCAGUCUAACUGCAGAAUAAAGAUACCAUUGUAUCACAAAUAUGCUUCAUCAGGAGUGUAUGUGUGAGAUAUAUGUGUGUACACGUAAAUACUCUGAAUACUGUCUGGGUUUUUUUUUUUUAUAAUUCUUUAUUUUUGCGUGCACAAGAGUUAGACAUGUUGCAUCGUAUGCAUCGUUUGAGUAGGUAACAGGUUUCAACAUUUGUUAGAUAAUGCAUUUGGUCAAUUUUAGCACAAUUUUUCAUUAAGUUUAACAUGCGUAACAUCCUAGGUAGAGGUUGGGUCGUAUAGGGGUUUAGCCGUGUUACUCGUCUGCGGGUGCAGUACCUAGGUCAUGGGUUGGUGUCGAAGGCGUGACCCUAAUGGUGUUAAGAAGUAUGUGUGGAGAUGCGGAGUGGAGCUAGGGUCCGUGUGGGUGCAGUAGGUGUAGUUUCGUCGGUCAAGUAGUCUGGUGAUUGGUACACGUGUUCUGAAGUGGCUUGGUCGUCUAGUUCCGCUGGGGACCACUCAUGAGGGGUGGUAGCCCUAACCUAGGGGCUGUCGGGGGGGUAGGUUUUGGCUUAGGCUAUAGUUUAUGGUCUGGUAAUGCGGCAGCGCGCCAGCGUCCUCGUCAGCUAAGUCAUCUAGCUAGCGGUAAACAGGUAAGAACUUCAACAUCAGAAAUGUAUUGCGCGGAGGGUGGGGGGAAUACAGGUUGUGGUAAACAAGACAUAUGGAUAUCGCCGUUGAGCGGGCAGGGUUAAGAGAUCUCUCUCCCCCUGUCCGUCAGGUGGCUUGCGUGUCCAUUCUCUGUCUUCUCGGCACAAACGUAUCCGAGGUAUCUGGAUUCCAGACGUGGGGAGUGCCCAGGUUGGGCAAGUUUUGCAGGCCCAAUUUUGUGAGUAGUGUAGGGGCCUCAGUCCCUGAGGUGAUUUUAUGGGUGGUCCCCUGGUGGGUGAUGAGCAGAGAGCGGGGGUUCCCCAUUCUAUAUGGUAUCCCCGCUGUACGCCGAUGGCCGGUGAGUUCCGUAAGCGACUUUCUCCACUGGAGGGUGGCCUUGGAUAAGUCCUGAUAAAAGGUCAGUUGGGUUUCCUCGAAUUCAAGCGGGGUCUUACCCCUGAUUGCGCUCAUGAUGUGCCCCUUGUCUUGCGGUAGGGCGCAACGGACAAUGACAUCUCCGGCUAGCGUUGCGGUGGCUCUGGGGGGCGUGGGUAGGCGGUAAAUCCCUGCAAAGGCGAGUUUCUUUGUUACUGCGGGAGGGAGUAGUGAUUGUGUGAGUCGCCUCACGUAAUGCGGUAGGUCCUCUUUGCUCACCGAUGCCGGGAUGCCUCUGAUUUUGAUGUGGUUGCGCCGGUUUUUGUCCUCCUGCGUCGCCAGUUGUAUUGCUAAGCGUUGCUGGUCUUGUUGUAGUUGGUGGAGCGAAUCUUGUAGCAUAGAGACUUCUCCCUGUAUUGUUUUGACUUGGUUUUCAGUAGUGGUCACUUUUUCUGUGAUCUGUUGCAUGCUCGUUUUGAGCGCUGGUAGGUCUGCUGCCAGCAGGUGUUGUAUAUCCUGCAGCAUAGUUUGCAACUGCUGCAGGUCCUGCUUUGUGGCUGGGUCUGCUGAUCCCUGUGGGGGUAUGGGUUUGGUGGUUGUGGUCUGUGUGAGCUGUGGAGAUCUCUGUGUGUCCCCCUGAGUGGUUUGUGCAGGUGGGGUGUCUGCCUGUGGGGGGUCUGGGCCCUGGUCGGGUGCCAUUUUGGCUGGGGUUUGUUUCUGCAGCAGUGCCCCUAUAUCAGGCUGUGCUGUGGCAGUACCUUGGUGUGGUUUUUGUGAUCUGCGCCCCAUCUCCUCAUGGGAUUGGUCGGGGUCCUGUAGAUGGACUUCGCUUGGGUCUCCCAGGCUCUCUCCGCCCCACAAGUACUCCAGGCCGCGGCUGUUUGGUGUGUAGUAGGCCCGGAUUUUCGUUUUGGGCUUUGCCUGCCUCGAAUUGUACCGGAAUGGCAUCGGGCGGUGCAGGAUGGACUCCCUCGGGCAAUGCUGGUAAUUGUUUGCGUGGAUGGCAUGUACUUUUGGUGAUGUUGACGGAUUCAGUUUCAGUUUGCUCAGAGCUGUCAGAAAUGGCGUCCGGCUCGUUCAGCCGCUAAGCCCCCCUGGGUUUUUUUUUAUAUUUAAAAUAUAUACAUUUAUUUUUUGGGGUUACACAGUUGCGGUUAUUGAUCAUCUGGGAAACACAUCUUGGAUAUAGAACAUUAGAAUGUGACGGCAGAUAAGAACCGUUCGGCCCAUCUAGUCUGCCCAAUUUUCUAAAAACUUUCAUUAUGUCCCUGGCUUUUUCUUAUUGCUAGGAUAGCCUUAUGCCUAUCCCACGCAUGCUUAAAUUCCUUCACUGUGUUAACCUCUACCACUUCAGCUGGAAGGCUAUUCCAUGCAUCCACUACCCUCUCAGUAAAGUAAUACUUCCUGAUAUUUUUAACCUUUGCUCAAGUAGAAUGAAAGGUGUUAAUGUGAUGGUUACAGGGGAGCAAGACACUGCUUAAGAAUUGUUACGUUUCUUACCAAGCAGGUCAAUGUAAGAGGGAAUUAGAAGAGUAAGCCUUUUGAUAGGGGAUAUUUAAUAACAUCCAAAGCUAGAACAUAUCAUUUCUCAUUAUGACAAAGGGUAUACACAUUGCCUUUCAUUAGAAGUUGGCUCUUAAAGUGAACCUUACAUGACAGGUUUGCUUUAAAGCAGGCUUCUCAGAUAUAAAGAAAUAGAAAUAUACUUUUCAUCUUUAUACAUAUAGAGUGUGAUGUAUUUUAAUAAUUCUUUUUGUUGUAGCUUAGGGAGCAGCGAUGCGCGGGGGCAUUUGGAUCUGUGCAGGAGUUAGAAAAUGCCUUCAGUUUGGCUGAGGAGUCAAGUCCUGGGAUCACUGAUGAACUCAUAUCUCACUUGGUUCAGCGAGUGCAAAGGUAACCGGCAGAGCUCGCACAUCAUGCUGUUUAAGUUAACUAGUUAUACACUGUCAGAGGGUGCAGUAAAAUUACACAGCGUCCCCUGGGGGAACUAGAAGUUUUGGAUGUUGGAAGCUAGUGGUACAGUGGCCAGUUUUCAUCUAUUCUUUCAGUCAAGGUAAUGGGGUUUUCAGAUGGUGGCUUACACGUGGGAGGAGGACUAGUGAUCUGUACAGGUGGAGGAAAAUAGCCCAUUCGGGUUGGUUGAUUACUCAACAAUCCUCGGAUAGCUUUAGCUGCUUCUCAUGGGUUUACAGGAAUUAUAGCAGGGGGGAAAUGCUGUUGUAACGCCUGCUAAAAGUUUACUUUAAUUAGGAGAUUAAUAUAAAGUAAAGGAGAAAAAAACAAAAAAAAACACUGCUUCGUUUGGCCAGUUUCUGCUUAACCCCUUAAGGACACAUGACGGAAAUAUUCUGUCAUGAUUCCCUUUUAUUUCAGAAGCUGCGUCCUUAAGGGGUUAAACAUGAGAUUUACAUAGCAUAUGUUAGGAUUUUGGGAUGUCUAUAGCAUUAAUAAUAAUGGAACUUGGUUUUAUGCAUUGUUUGCACGUGACAAACAAAUAUUUUCAAAGAGGUAGAAUUUAAACACUGCAGGUUUGUAAAAUAGAAAUGGGGAGUAGCAAUUUACAGGUUAACAUAAUACAAAAGCCAAUCCCUGAGUGACAUGGGAAAGUGCAAAAAUAACUGCAGUGUGAGUGUGCAAUUUGUCAAAGGUAUGGAAGACUAGAAUACAAUGUCUUUUCUUAAUAACAAUGUCCCUUUCCCCCACACAGGUUCUCUACUGCACAAUGAAACCAUGCUACUACUGCGCAUGUGCACCCAUUUUCAUGUCCCAUGGUAUUAUGGGACAAUACUGUGAUAGAAAUGACAUUCACACCAUGGCAUUACUUCUGAAGUGUUCAUUAUUUUUUUGAAGAAUAUUGUAAUAGUGUUUACUGAUCGUUCUCAUGAGCCAGUAUGUUAUGUAAAAAACAAAACAAAAAAAACCACAUAUAAACUUACAUUUCAUACAUAAGUGAUUCGGAUUCUUUUACUGAAGUGUCUUGUAUUCCUGAGAUGUUUUUUAAGAUGUAAAAGCAUUGGUGUGGGAAAGAAGUUAUAUCAGGGGGUAGUACAGUACUGUAGAUGUUGUGGACUACAUCCAUCCAUAUGCUUUGCCAGCAGUAUGGCUGUAAGUACAUUAUGGAAAAAAGUCCACAACAGGAGUGCUGGAUGUUUUCUACCCAUGCAUUGUAUAUUAUGCAAGGAGAAAUUGUAAGUCAGCAAUUAGCUUUACAGAGAAUGAAUCAUGUUUUCCCAUCUCCAUUGACACAAGACAGGACCCGUAUUUGUUUAGAUUAUCUAGCAAGUUGGGGGUAGUCCUGAGCUAAUCUUGUAGGCCUCUGACCUUAUCGAAUCUCUUUGCAACUUUAUGAUUACAGGUGCCCCAUGAGUCACAUCUCUGCCUUCUCUGUUCCCCUUCACACAUUCUGCUGCAGCAAUGGUGUGGGAAGUCAAAUUCCAUCAUAUAAGGUCUGUUAUACCACUCUGGUCUAUAGAAGCAGAGAAUAGCUUUUGCUGUUUCCAUUGUAGACUAUGAAGAUUUGGUGUAUCUAGUGGGACAGUGUUAUAGUGAAGUUGGUGAAAGAAAAAGGUCGGAGAAGAUAAGGUCCAAAGUGUAGCCAGCUUGAAGACUAAAGUGCGAGGCAAGUGAAGGUAAUCUGAGAGAAAGUAAGAGGAACUAGUAGGUGCACUAAUAUGGAUGUUAAAAGAAAAAGCUAUGGGACAGAAGGUGUGGGAGCCAGGUGGAGGAGUGUUCCAAAAAAAGGGGCCAGAGUGCCGAGGAGGGCGAAAAAGGCAGAAGGCUCACGCACUAGUUACAGCGACCUGCCCGUAGCACAGGUCGGUCCCUGGGAGAACCAGUUUUAUUCACAUUUCAGUUCCAAUAAUAUGUCAUGUUAUUUCUAAGAAAGCAUAUUAAAUAGUUUUGCAAUUCCACCAGUUCACAAAACAGACAAGCAACAAUGAGCAAUGCAAUCAGU